GCUCUUUCUACAGAAAAAGAAAGAGAAACUUCUUUGAACCCACUGUAUCUCAGAAUGAAGCUCGGCCCUCAAAACUCAUCCAGAAACUCCGCCGCUGAGCCGCCGCAAACGGAUCCCGUUAUCUUGGCCAAUUCUGAUGAGAGUGGUAACCUACUUUUGCUUUCUAUUUGAUUUCUCCGUGAAGUGUGUGUGUGGGAUUCAAACCCAUUCAAAAAAAUCUCUUUUGAAUGAGAAAAUAUGCACUUGCCAAUUGAGCUCAAGCUCCACGCGUAAAUUGGCAAAGAAUUAGUUUUGCAGGAGAUGUUGGUGUGAGUUUUUGGUGUGCGUUUGCGUGUGUUGGCGGCGUUUGAGUGGGUCAGGUCGAGUCUCCCGCGGCGGCGACGCCAAUCCCGGUCAUUACAGUUUGCCUGGGGAUAGUCUGGCUGCAGCUUGAGCUUAACUUGAUCGGGUCGGUUCUUCCUCCAGGAUGACGCCGACCCAUCACGUACGGUCUUCAAACUCAACCCUAAGCCUAGAUCUGGGCUCAGUAUGGGUAUGGCCGUCUAUUCAGUUUUGGCUCAUCGAUCCUUCGAUAGCGGGCGCAGUCGAAUCGUCUUUGAUUCGUGGGAUAUAUGCACAAUCGUACCCUCCCACAUCUAAGACAGAUUAUUCGUAGGCAACUGUUUUUGUUUUUUUAUUGUAAGGUUUUGUUUGGGGCUACUGAUUAAACAUAGAAGAAUUUAUUUUUUUAUUUUUUUUAGAAACCUAUUUUGUAAAACAAUGCAGCAUAAAAGUAAGCGAGGAAAAAAGGACAAUGUCACUCACAAAAGGAAGCGUGCACUGCGUCAGGAAGUGAAGGAGGCAAAGAGGAUGAAAGAGGUAAAGGAAGAACUGAAUAGCAUUGGAGACGAGUUAAAGCAAUUCAAUGCAGCAUUAAUCCCUUACAUUCUAUCAAAAAUGAUCGAAAUUAGAAUGGGGCACCGGCUGCUACUGCAGAUGAUGGCGCGUCAAGACGAGCUUAUGGUUGAUAUCUUGGAUGCAAUAGAGGAAGAUGAUUCUGUCAAAGUUGACGACCUUGCGCAGAUUCUAUUCUCCACCUAAAGGUUUUGAUAUUAGGAGAUGAGGGUCGGUUUUGUCAGCCGGUAGGGCAUAUAAUAUAUGAAGUAUUUUCCAAAAUAAUUUCUAUAAGUACGGAUUUGAGACCAUAUAUAUUCUAUGAUAAAGUAAAACAUUAAUGAAGUAUUACAUGUUACAUAGUUACUGCAUUAUAUGAUUAAUAUAUAUUUGCUGGCUUG